AGCCGUGUCGCUCAGUCCCCCUGAGUACGGCGGAUAAUGAGGGGGCGGAGCCCAGCCGGGGAAAGGUUGGUCCGGGGACUUUGCUACGUGUCUGGCCGGCCUAUAAUACCUCGUUGGUGGAGCGAUCCUCAGCACACCGAACUCCUCCGCUGUGUCCCAUCACUCCUCUCCGAUCAGCAGCAUGUCUAAGCCGGGCCAUUUGCAGAAGUCCACCAAUGUGGUGUAUCAAUCUCACCAUGUGAGUAGGAACAAGAGAGGCCAAGUUGUUGGCACCAGAGCGGGUUUUCGAGGCUGCACCGUUUGGUUGACAGGUUUGUCAGGAGCUGGCAAGACAACGCUGGGUUUUGCCCUUGAAGAAUACCUAGUGUCCCAUGCCAUUCCAUGCUAUUCUCUUGAUGGUGACAACAUUCGUCAUGGACUGAACAAAAACCUGGGCUUCACCUCUGAAGAUCGAGAAGAGAACAUCCGCCGUAUUGCUGAGGUUGCAAAACUCUUUGCCGAUGCGGGUCUGGUGUGCAUUACCAGCUUCAUCUCUCCUUAUGCUAAGGAUCGGAUGGAAGCUCGCAAAGUACAUGACAAGGUUGGGUUGCCAUUUUUCGAGAUCUUCGUGGAUGCUCCUUUAGAUAUCUGUGAAAGCAGAGAUGUGAAGGGAUUAUACAAGAAGGCCAGAGCUGGAGAAAUCAAAGGAUUCACUGGAAUUGACGCUGAUUAUGAGAAACCAGACGCUCCAGAACUGGUGCUGAAGACCAACCUGAACUCUGUAAAUGAAUGUAUCCAGCAUAUUGUGGAGCUUUUGCAAGAGGGGGCUAUUGUCCCAUCAUCGGCUACAAAGGACGUCCAUGAAUUAUUUGUGCCCGAGAACAGACUGGAUGAAGCCCGAAAAGAAGCCGAGAACUUGCCUUCAGUUCACAUCACUAAGCUGGACCUCCAAUGGGUGCAGGUUCUGGCUGAAGGCUGGGCCACGCCGCUCAAGGGUUUUAUGCGCGAAAGGGAAUACCUGCAAGUCAUGCAUUUCAACACCCUUCUAGAUGAUACGAAGCAUAACUCAGAUUUAUCAUUCACAAAGUCUGUUGGGGGCGUGAUCAACCUAAGUAUUCCAAUUGUGCUGCCUGUAUCUAUGGAAGACAAGGAAAAACUGAGUGGACUGAAUGCAUUGACCCUAUCAUGUGAAGGAAAGAGAGUGGCAAUUCUGAGGAACCCAGAGUUCUUUGAACACAGAAAAGAUGAGAGAUGUGCCCGUGUCUGGGGGACAACUUGCACUAAGCACCCUCAUGUCAAAAUGGUAAUGGAAAGUGGCGAUUGGUUGGUUGGUGGAGAUCUGGAGGUCCUAGAAAGAAUCCGAUGGGAAGAUGGUUUGGACCAAUACCGCCUUACACCUCUUGAGCUGAGACAAAAGGCUAAAGAAAUGAAUGCAGAUGCAGUAUUUGCUUUCCAGCUGCGUAACCCAGUUCAUAAUGGACAUGCAUUGCUGAUGCAAGACACCAAGCGCCAUCUGCUGGCUAGGGGCUAUAAGAACCCUGUGCUGCUCUUACACCCUCUGGGAGGGUGGACCAAGGAUGAUGAUGUUCCACUGGAUUGGCGCAUGAAGCAGCAUGCAGCAGUGCUGGAAGAAGGUGUUCUGGACCCAAAAUCAACCAUUGUUGCUAUUUUUCCAUCUCCAAUGCUGUAUGCAGGACCCACUGAGGUUCAAUGGCACUGCAGAUCUCGCAUGAUUGCUGGAUCCAACUUUUACAUUGUGGGGAGGGACCCAGCUGGCAUGCCACAUCCUGAGACUAAAGUGGACCUGUAUGAGCCAACACAUGGAGGAAAGGUGCUCAGCAUGGCUCCAGGUUUGACCUCUGUGGAAAUCAUUCCCUUUAGAGUGGCAGCCUACAAUACCAAGACCAAAAGCAUGGCAUUCUACGAAAAAGAAAAGCACAAUGAAUUUGACUUCAUCUCUGGAACUCGGAUGAGAAAACUGGCACGCGAAGGUGAAAACCCUCCAGAUGGCUUUAUGGCCCCCAAAGCCUGGAAAGUUCUGACUGACUAUUAUUGUUCUCUAGAAAAGAAUUAUUGAUUCCAACUAAUAUGUACAAACUCCAGUGCAAGUAAUUUUUAGUCUAGCACUUUUUUAGAACUGAAAUUAUAAAAAAAAAAUAUUCUUAUGCUAAUUAGUAAGAACACAAUAUUUUAUAACUUUUAAUACAGUUUUAUGUUUUUUUUUUUUUUUUUUUUUUAAGUUAAAUAGAAGUUGAACUUUUUACCUAACCUUUAAAUCUCCCCCCAGUGGAUCACUAAGACUGAAAAAAAAAUUAAUUGCUGCAAGAUUGUGCUUUAAGGAAUUGUUUUCCUUUUUAGUUUUGCAAAAAGUUUGUAAGAGCUCUAGACCCUGAAUUAGAUUUUAUUGCCGUCUUUGACCCCAUUGGAGAGAUUUACCCUUGAAGAACUAAAAACAUCAUUUCUAUCAGAGUAUAGACCAUAAUAAAGCACUUAUUUUAGUGGGUGAUGGAAACAUGUCCAUUUUUAUCUUUGGGCAGUUUCUCCGCAGCCAGCAGUGCAGGAAGUGAGGGGAAUUCUCCCUAAUGUGACCACAGACAGUAAAAAAAAGGCACCGGGGUAACAACUCUCCCCACUGUAUACAAAUUUAAGGGUUUAAUACAAUCACCUCACAACUUUUUUGCUUACCAAUAAGCAUUCAAGUACUUCAUCAAUAAUGCAAUUUAAAUUAACUAGGAAAUAUUACAUUUUUGGCCAUUAGCCAGCUUACAGCUUUAGAAUAGAUAAUCAAAAAAUAUUUCCGAUGCCAAAGUGAUACAAAUUCUUACAUUGUCCUUUUAUAUUAUAGGAGUCCUUAACACUGACUGUGUUGAUGGGGGAAUCUAGCCAUUUUCUUUUGUGCAACCUGUGGUUGCAGAAAAUAAAACUGCUCUAUCUAUGGCUGCCUUAACAUAGUACAAGCUUUUAUACUCCUAAGACAAUCACCUCAUGGAUGGAGUGAAUGCAAUCUGCUGAAAAUGCACAGAUACAUAGGAAGUAACUCGCCACUCUAGAUUACUACCUUAUAGGCACUGCAUGUUAACAUUUUGCAUAGAGAGGAUUAUCAAAAGGGACAAUUGUCCUUUUACAGAUAAUCCAACCUUUUAAUUAUGGCCAACACAUGGGAAUUUUUCAACAUGUGUAUGUUGGAGGGUACAAUUGCUGCCUUUAAAAGAGUGAUCUUUGGGAAACCACACUGUGAAACAUACCAUAUGCAAAACAGAGAUGUCAUCAGUUUUAAAUAAUCUGAGUUCUGCUUUUAUGCAUUGCCUUUACAAGGCACUGGAACCUACUACUGUUCCUGGCUUGGAUCUAUACAUGGAGGCACACUACCUUAUCUGAUCACAGCAGCAAUCGAGUACAUAAGGCUGGAUUCUAAUCCACUCCUUGUCACCUUGUUUCCAAAUAAGUGAGAGCCAAAGCCUAAAUGGACAGAAUAUAGAAUUACUGCAUGCACAGCUUGUCAUAAGCAGACAUGAGGAAAGCCUGACAAAGCAGAGCACAGGCAGGUGCAAGUAGCCUUAUCUUGCUGAAAUAAAGAUUUGUGUUUACCUACUGCUACAGAUAGAGGAUGAAGGGGGUAGCAUCCCUGGUCAGAAGCAAACAUAACUGGGAUAAAAGUGUAAGCUAGAAGACCCCAGAAGGACAAGAUGUUAGUAAGGCUUUCUCCUCUCCCUUUAAAACACAUAGGGAAAAAAAAUGAAACAACUGGAUGUUCUACUUCUACUAUUUUUUUUGUAAAUAAUGCCGCAGACAUGCAUUUGUUGAUUGACAAUUGCCUGCACAAAUUUGUAUUUAAAGGAAAAAAAAUCUGAGUUUUGUAGAUUCUUUUAAAAAUAAUAUAAUUAUGUGUACACGUAUUGUAAUAAUGGACCAAAUUUGUCUUCUGUUAAUGAGAUUAUUGACACGUGCAGUAAAUAAAUCUGUAUAACCGGAGGAAAGCUGUUGAUCUGUGCUGGAAUAGAGGAUCAGCCAUAGUCUGUGGGAUACAAUAGUAAAAGGAUGUAGCACUUUUGUGCGUUAAUUGUGAAGGAUCCAUGUUGUUGAUACAAACAAACGUCUGUAUGUUUAUUUGUUUAUUUUGAUUACAUUAUAAUUUUAAAAAUUUCAUUAAAAUGUGUAUUUAUUUUAUUGAACGGUGGGACACAAUUCUCAUAUGCGCUUUAACAACGUAUUGUGUUUACAAAUUGUCUCUUUAAAUGCUAUAUAAAUACUAUUUUAGUUUGCAUACAAAAUAAAUUUUUAUAUAUUUAAA